AUGUCCUAUAACACACCAUACCAAUACGGCACCAAUAACAAUUACAAAAACCCUAGCAGUCACAGCCAUUCGGAUUCCCCUGCUCAUCCAUGGGCAUCACUCUCCACUCCACUCUUGUUCACAUCCUUCCACCACCUCAAGUUCUUGGCAGUCACUCCCUUACACCAAAACCAACAAGGUCCACGUAUUACCCACUUGAAUCCUAACCUGACACCUCACAUCCCCCAAUUGUCUGAUCUUGUUGAUCAGCUUGCUUCGUCUUCUGAGUACCUCUCAUCCAAUCAUGCACAUCAGCGUCGUGACUACUUACCCCAUUAUAACAGCUCCCCUUCAAAGUCGUCUGAUUCUUGUACUCCUUUAAACUACAAUGCUCCAUCCAUGCCUCUAUCCAGUGCUCAACAUACCGCUAGUCCCUUGUCAUCUCAAAUCAAUUUUGCUUGGUCUAGAGCCAAACGAGCUCCCUGUGUUCCUUCAUCCAGUAUCAGUAGCACACCAUUUUCAGGAACUCACUUAGCCCCACCAGGUCGUGCCACUACCAAUUGUGUCCCACCUCCAUCUACUGCUCCUCUUGCUUCCCUCAAACAAACCAGAUCACGCAAGCGGAAAAAAAUUCAAGAAAGUGAUCAGCCAGCAACCCAACGUUGGUCGCAUGAGGAGCUUAUGAAGCUCACCGAAGCGCAGCUAGGAGUGAAGCACAAGAGUGCCAUGACAGAGGUCUCUGACUUGUAUCACCAACUUACCCCGCAGCAACAGGCCAAAUAUCAAAACGGGAAACCGACAGCCUUAAAUGGAUCCAAUGGCCCUACAGGUGACAAUGGAAGUGAAAUGGAAUCUGAUUACAAGACCAAUGAUGAUGUGACCAAGCCAGGUGACAGUGGCACACGCAAGUUGAGUUCUUUUAAAGCGGCGUCUGACAAGGUCCAGAACUUUAUGGACAACUGGUUUAAGGAGGCUGUUCACAUUGCCAGGACUGCCAACUGUGAGAUGAUAUUGUUUGCAGUUUCCCAACAUCUUGCGGUGCAUUCGUUCCAAUUUGGCAAGGCUACCCAUGGUGCAACCAAAUUUCUGGCCUCAAUGGCAAAUCUAGAUGGGACCAAGCACUACCCGGCCCGAAUGCAGGCAUAUCUAACCAGUUAUGAGGUGUCCGAUAUUGCCAAAGUGGCAAAAUCCAAACAAAGUAUCCCAAAACCUCAAACUGUCUCAGCUGCUGUACGCAUGUCUGAACUUAUUGCGGAAAAGACUAACGGUAUCCUGACCCAAUGGCCCUGGACCAAGCACAAUUGGAAGCUGGCCAAGGUCAAGUACAAACUCACGCUACUCCCCGGAGCAAAGACUCAAUUGCAGUGGCUCAAGAAACCAAGUCGAGGCCUGCAUGCGGAUGCCAAAGCUACCAUCCAUCUUGAUCUUGACAACAACCUCAUUGAUCUUAUUUAUGAUCCAACUAUUCCCAAUGUUACUACGCCCAAGGAAUUCUAUGCUGCAACCUCCUCCGCUUCCCCCUUGAUUGCCACUCCACAGUCUUGA